AGCCCUGACGUUAUAGUAUGGCACAAGUGCACACUUUGGAUAAAUGGGCAGCGGGGCCUGCGUAUGGUCCUGUUCUGUCCCAGACGGACUUGUAUAUUCUGUGCAAGGAGAUUCAACUCCAUCCCAUCCUGACGCGACAGCACCCUUCGUUCACACUGAUAUUCAACCUUCUCGACGGACAACCUGGGGGAUACAAUCCAAACGAUGCCGAGCACAACCUUCCUUUGACCCAGGCUAAUGAGCCGGCAACGCUACCUCGCGUGCAGGAGCUAGUCAUCAUCACGGACCAUUCCCCUUGGUGCACAAUAGUGAAGAACCCCGAGGGUGUGACUCUUGGAGAUGUAUUUGGCACUUUAUGGAGAGAAUAUACAGACAAUCCGGUAACGGAGGCAGAGCUCGGGAGCUGCCCCCAACGGAUCCAAGACGUGAUCAAGCGCGCGGCGCAGACCAAUCAAGGGAGCGGUACACCGUGGACAGGUUUCUAUACCCCUGCUGCCAGUCGGGUGAGGCGAGUCGAUUGGCUUCGGGACAAAGUCAGCUUCGAGAGCAUGGUGAAGGAUGACAAUUACAUCCACGGGCGUCUCGGUUUCUCGGCGCCCAAUAUAUUUUUGUUGAGGAUGGGGGCUUGGUAAAGGACUGGUUGAUAUACAUUACGGAGGUAUCGCUAUUUGUUUUGUAUUUUUUUCUUCUGUUCUCUGCCCCUUUUUAUGUAUGUUUCGGAUACAUCAUCUACACCGCAUGUGCUAUGAAUAAAUUUUCAACUGACUUGUCUCAGUUGAUCUAGAUGGGUGCAGAACAAUCUCUGCGAUCUGGGAUAGAGAUCUAUCCGAAUGGAAUGGAUGUAAGCGACAACUGGAGGCCAUGUCAACGGCCAUGCACGUAGUACGGCUGCAUAAAACACGCCUGUAAACACGAAGCACAUGAUUGCCUUGAAUUAGCACAUGACUCGUACACGUGUUUCGACGACCUCGCCUCUUCCGAUCAUCCUUGCACUUUCACUCUAGUGUCCCUGUCGACAACGAGGACCAUUUAUCGUGAAUUAUUUUCUCUCUACACUUCCUUCGUCUCUCGCUUUUCAAAAUUGGGCGCUUGUGAACAGGCAGGCCAUCUUUACCCUAAACCCUGAGGCCUGAUAGCGAAUCGUUCAAUAUAUAUUUUGGACCCCGUUGCUUCCCCUUUGGUGAAAAAAUCGCCCUUUGAACUCGAUUCCCAUCACGCAGCUGAGGUCAUCUUGCUGUCCUUGGGAGGGUCAAGCAAUCUGACUGCCUUCUAGAGAGAUAAAUUUGAGUCACCAUCCCGAGAAUCUGAUUCGAACCCUGUAUUCCCUUCCCACAUGUAAGUCUCUUUUUUCUCGGCUCAGGCGAUGUGCUGAUCGCCUCAUAUAUCUUUUCCCAUCCUCUUCGUGGAUGU